AUGAGUAACACUCAUCAUAAUUUAUAUCAUCAAACAUUAGGACGAAUUAAACAACAAUCGAAUUAUACAACAUCAACACCAAUUUCACCUCCAAUCAAUACUACAAAUAAUCAUACAUCAGAGGAGGAAGGGGAGGAGAAUUUUCUAAUGCCGCCAUAUUCUAUCAAUUCAGCGAUAUGCACUGGCUUGUAUAAUAUGCCUCCAAACCUUCUCAAUAAUCGUUUAUCAACUAGUCAACAGAUUGCCUCCACAACACUGACAUCUAUACCAACUUGUGAGACAAGAAGAAAUGCAUCUAAUAAUAAUAAUACAGGUGAAUUAUAUUAUUGUCAAUGGGUAGAUCCAGUGCCUACUGUACCAGGUUCACUGCCAAAACCAUGUUCAAGAGUAUUUGAUUCUGUUACAGAAAUAGUUAAUCAUAUUACACUGGAACAUGUUGGUGGACCUGAACAAUUAGAUCAUACAUGUUAUUGGAAAGAUUGUGUACGAGAAGGGAAACCAUUUAAAGCAAAGUAUAAACUAGUGAAUCAUAUACGUGUACACACCGGUGAGAAACCUUUCCCAUGUCCAUUCACUGGAUGUAUGAAAGUAUUUGCACGGAGUGAAAAUUUAAAAAUUCAUAAAAGAACACAUACUGGUGAAAAACCAUUUGUCUGUGAAUUUGAAGGAUGUGAUCGUCGUUUUGCUAAUAGUUCAGAUCGUAAAAAGCAUAUGCAUGUCCAUAUGAAUGAUAAACCAUAUUUUUGUCGAUUUAAAGGUUGUGAUAAAAGUUAUACACAUCCUAGUUCACUGCGUAAACAUUUACGUGUACAUUAUUUAUCACCGAAUGAAGCGCUGAAUCCAGCCGAUUUUGAUACACAUUCAAAUUCAAGUGAUACAAUGAUUACUAACACUAAUAAUAAUAAUAAUAAUAAUCAUAUUAACAAUAAUAAUAAUAAUGGCGUGAAUCAAUUGAACACGAAUGAAACGCGUACCUGUCAUUCCCUGACAAAUAAUAUCAAGUUGACAACAAAUUCUACAGAUUAUAUAAAACGUGAUUUAAAUCAUUCUACUAGAAAUACUGAUAAUUAUUAUUCUAUAAUGAAUAGACAAAGUGAAGAUCAUAAACAUACUACUAAUAAUACUUCAGCUAGUACUAUAAGUAGUAUAAAUAUUAUAAAUAAAAUAAGGAAGAAGAGUAGAGAAAGUCCAUUAGAAGCAUCAGAUCAUUCAUCAUUUCGUAAGUCAUCGUGUCGAAAACGUCAUUAUUCUUCAAGAAAUGAAUAUAAUGCUGAUAAUUUCCCAAAUUUUAAUAGUAUUACUACUACAACUACUGAUAUACAUAAUAGUAGUGUUAAUGUGGUAAGAUCAUCUACUUCACAAGAUUUUAUAUCACAAUUAGCUGCUGUUGUCUGUGGUCCAGCUGAUCGAGAAUUUAAAUUUCAGCGUAACACUCAGAUGUUUAAUGAUUUUCAGCAAACAAUACAGCAGCAGCAACAACAACAACAGUCUGAACACCCUUCAUCACACUUCAGAAAUGAACAAAAUAUAUGGGAACAUUUAGUAAAUGAAAUGCCUGAUAUCAAUAGCAAUAAUAGUAAUAAUAAUAAUAAUGAUAAUUAUAAGAAAUCAUUAUCUACCUCAGCUUAUUUAACAUCUAGUUAUACAAAUGAAUCAUACUCACCAAUUUCUCGUGCAUAUUCCUCACUGAAUUUUGGAGCUGCAUUGCCAACUAUUCAACAGAUGACACCGCCUUCACCGAUCACAAUAUCCGAUAACAAUGCACAACAAAGUUUAGAUAAUUUAAAAGUGAAAUCAGAAUUGUUACAAUUAAAUCGACCGUUUGAGUUGCACAAUGUAAUCAAUAAUAAUAAUAAUAAUGGUAUUAGUAAUAGCUCAUAUCUUAAUGAACAGUCUCACCAGGAGCACCAACCAACGCAUAGUCUACAUCAAUCAACUCAACGUCAGAUGAAUGAGUAUACUACACAAAACUUGUUUCAAGCAAAUGAUUUCCUUAUAGAAUCUCAGAAGACUUUUGAUAUGACAAGAAAUGCCUAUCACAAUAAUCAUAAUAAUAGUCAACAUAGAGAACAAGUGAACAAUUCCCUUUCACCGACUUCUACACAACUUUAUCAUUCCGACAGCCAUCCUCCACAUUCACAUCCAAAUUUUCAACAUCAAGUCAUGAACUCCUCUCCAAAGUUGUAUGAUCAUUUAUAUCCAUUAGACACAAGUUUUUUGUAUACAUGUAACAAUAAUUCACAGUUGUUACAUCAUCAACAACAGAGACCACAACAUCACCAACCUCAAGAAGAACACCAACCACCUCAACAGUUAAUCCAAGGAUUGUUGUUAAGUCACCAACACCAACACCACCAACAACAACAACAGCAACAACAGCACUCAGGAUAUUCAGAGACUAGUCAUCAAUCGAAUUCCACUGAUUCAGAUUUAGAAAGUGCUAGUAUAUUGUUCAGGAAUAGCUCCUUUGUUAAUAUGACAACUAGUUGUGUAACAUCCUGCACAACAACAAACAAUAAUAUCCUGAUAACAAAUGUAAAUACACUUCCUACACUGACUACAUGUACAACAACGAGUUUAACAACACCAAUGACAAAUUCACUAAACGACAGUCACAAUCCUAUUAAAUUCAAAGAAGAACAAAUAGAAAUCAAUAGUAGUUGUAGUAGUAAGAUGACAAGUCAAUCCAUACCUGAGUCAACAAUGCCAUUCCCUGUAAUCACAAAUUGGCUUUCCUUGAAUACAAAAGAGGAAUCAGCAGCAUUCAUUAAUUGUGAUAACAAAUGGUCUGCAUUGAAUAACAAUUCUACAGAAAAUACAAAUAUCCCUAAUAAUGAUAAUGACAAGGAAAUGACAAGUAAUGAGCAUAUAUGUUCACCUGUAGAAAAUCAAUUGACUUGUUCUGAUAAUUUUGAGAAUAUUUCUUCAUCGAAUAAUGCUGUCACUAGAAUACCAACUACUACUACUACUACUACAACUAAUGAUAAUAUGAAGAGUGAUGAUAUAACUGUAUUGACAAAAACUAAAGUUAAAGAGUCAGUCAUUACACCGUUUGUAUCAAACUACGCCUUUUCAUCAUAUGCACUUAAAUCAAGCAAUGAAGAUUUACACAAUAGACUAAAUGAUGAAGAACAACAACAAAGUAUGGAAAUACAUGAGUGUGGAAGACGGUUAACAGAAACGUAUUAUUCUCAGAUGAAUGAUUGUUAUACAACUUCUCCGUCUAAUCCACUUAUUCGUUCUAAUACAAAUAAUAAUAAUAAUAAUAGUAAUAAUAAUAACAGAAAGAAUAAUAACUUUGACAUACUACAAGUUACUUGAUUUAAUUAAUAAAGUUCAGCUUCAAAAUUUCAUGAUAUACAUAUAUACUACUUAUAUAUACUGAUUUUUUACUAUUAUAAAGGAAAUCAACUUUUUUUGUUAUCGACUUAUUCCCCUGAAGUGUCGUUUCCGGUGUACAAAUUACAUUACAUUAUAUACAUAUAUAUAUGUAGCAUUGAUUGCUUCAUUACCCAGCCGCUAUUUUGUUAUUCUGAUAUGAGUACCUAUCGUUAAAAAAAGAAGAUUCUAACUUAUAAUGCUGAUAUAAUGAUAAUUAGUUGUCGGGGUUAAAAGUUAAGUUAUUCAGUAGUAAUAGUAGUACUGAUAAUACUGAUGAGUCUUUUGGUUAUUUUCACAUCCCGGCGUAACAUACACACAUACACACAUGCACACACACACACACACUCGUAUAACACACACCGUAAAGUACACUCCAUCCAUUUGACUUUCAUUUGUGUUUCUCGUUUAUAUUCUCCUCUUGUUUGGUCUUCUUAUUCUCCCCUCUCGUCCUCGAUUGUUUUAAAAAAAAAAUCACUUUUAGGAAUCAGUUCCUCCCUGAUUUGUCUAUUUCCCUCAGCUACUGGUUAACAGGUGACCAAAAUAAGAGACAGAAUUUAAAGAAAUCUCAUCUAUCCUUUACAAUCUACGAAGAAGACAGUUUAUAUAAUGUUGUGUUGCUUCGUCAGUAUUCUCAUACGUUUCUCUUAUCUUCGUUCAGUUUAUCCAAUGAUAUAAAUGACAGUUUACCUCUUCCCCUUUUAUUUGUUUCUUUUUGUGUGUUUUUUUUUACUUUAUUUUGUUUUAAAAACUUUUGAUUAAACAGAAAUUGAAUACCUUUCGACAGAGAGAACAGUGAAAACACCGUGUCCUUUAGAUAUUUUUACUUGUAUUUGCUUGCAAUAAUAACGGUAAUAAUAAUAAUAAUAAUAAUAAGGCAUCCAAGUUUAAUGAUAAACGGUUAUGGUCCCAUCCACUCCCCACGCACCCAGCCCCCCCCCUACACACACACAGACAAAUACACAUUCAUAACUGGAAGAAAUAUGCUGAAAAUUGAAACCAUCAAUUUUUUCUGUUUGUUUCUUUGUUUUUCUUGUUUAAUUUAUUUCUCUUUCGAUUUUUCAGAAGUUUCAUAUUCUUAAUUUUAUUGCACAGAUUACAAGUUUUAUUUAUUAUUCAUGAUAAUAAUGUAUGAUAUACAUAUAUAUACAUUAAGAGGAAAAGUG